CGAGUGUCAAAUGCGCCACAGUUCUAACGUACUGAAUAAGCAUAUUGGUUGCAGGGAAGUUUAAAUAUUUUAAAUGUGACACUUACCUCAAACUAAUAAUGCACUGUAUUUUUUGAUAUUUAAGGUAGCAGAGAGACGCCGUUCAUUCAUAAUCAGAAACUAAGUGACAUUCUUGCUGCAUUAAAUGAAUCGUAUCACCUCCUCAUAUCUGUUGCUUUUGCGAUCAGUUGCAUGCAAUAUCCAUCGGAAGAAUAAACACCCGUUCAUUUCACGUCUUUACACUGAGGGAUCGUCACACACUACAGAGGAGCUGUCUAAAGCCCAUCUGCAGAAACUCGGAGGUCAGGUGCAGCGCUUUAAAAGAAGAUUGUAUUCGAUUCAUAGGAAGUUUGCCAAUGUGCCAGAAAAUUGUGAGUUUCGGGGACACCAUCAUGUAUACUUUGAAGAUGGCAAAGGAAUCUACAGAUCGACAUUGGGACACGGUGAGCAAGAUAUGGUGGAGGUGUUCAGAGGAGACUCGGGUGGAGAUGGAUAUGGAAGCAUCCAGAGAGUCAGACUCUCUCCCACAGAGACCAUGCUGGCUGUCACUGUGAAGAAAGACCACCAUGAGGAGACCAGAUGCAUGUUGGUCCAUCUAGGUGGUGUCAACCUUCAUCAAAAUACCAUGUUGGUUUUAGACAAUGUGCUCAGCUUUGGUAAGAUUUACUAUACUUUAUUAAGAAUUGAAACUCCAAGUUUUUCCUCCACGAAUGUCUUCUCUCUUGCAGAAUGGGCCACAGAUGACGUCCUCUUCUACAGCACACAAGAGACUCUUCGUUGCUUGCGUGUUUUCCGUCUUUAUCUCAAUGAUUCUGGUGUCCAAACCACCCUUGUUUAUGAAGAAAAUGAUCCAGAGUUCUUUGUGGAGGUCAGUCGUUCCAGAGACCAGAGACUGGUGACCAUUAACUGCAGUAGUAAGAUCGGUUCUGAAGUGUGGUUCGUUGACUGCAAGACUCCACUUUCAUUCCUCACCCUCAUCCAAUCCCGCCAGCCUGGUCUUCUUUACCAUGUGGAGCACUCGGACAACCACCUCUUUAUCCUUGCUAACACUGGAGCACAUCAGGAGUAUCAGCUGCUCAGGGCACCAUUAGCCUCUCCGUCCAUGCCACACUGGGUGCCUGUGUUCAGUGCUGUUCCAGGAACAGUCAUUAAAGAUAUGGAGCUGCUUCAGGAUCACUGUGUGUUCACAGUAAAGGAUUCACAGUGUCGACUUCAGAUCCAGACUCUUACCACAAAAGAGCCCUAUCAGUUAAACACCCUCCAGCUUCCCCACUGGGCCUGUGAUUUAUCACCACAGCGUGUUGGGACUGUGGACAGAGGGUCAUUUGGUUUUCUCCUGUCCUCCCCAGUGCACCCACCUGUACACUACCUCUAUUCCUCCAGAAAACAUAAGCUCUCAAUUACAGAGGAGGACACCCGGUAUAUCUCACUCCCUGAGUUCAACACUACACGCCUGCAGGCAGCAAGCCAGGAUGGUACAAUGGUGCCUUUGACUCUUCUCCAUGUGCCUUCAUUAUCUGAGCUGCAUAACGCUCCACUGCUUCUGCAUGUAUAUGGAGCGUAUGGUGUCGACCUCGAUAUGAGCUUCAGUCCUGAGAAGAGACUGUUGCUGGAGGAUGGCUGGGCUCUGGCCUAUUGCCACGUCAGGGGUGGUGGUGAGCGUGGUCUAGCGUGGCAUCGAGCAGGCUCUGUGCUGCAGAAGCGGAGGGGAGUGGAAGAUCUCGCUGCUUGCAUUCAGACUCUUCAUCACAUGAGAGUGUCUCAUCCUGCUCUAACCGCCCUCACCUCUCGCAGUGCUGGAGCUGUCCUAGCGGGGGCGCUGUGCAACCAUAACCCACAGCUUCUUGGAGCUGUAAUUCUACAGGUGCCUUUUCUGGAUGUUCUUGACACAAUGCAAGACCCUUCCCUGCCGCUUACUGUUGAGGAGAGGGGGGAGUGGGGAGACCCCCUUAUAAAGGAACACAGAGACAGCAUUGCAUCUUACUGUCCCUGCCACAACAUUAUACCUCAGCUUUAUCCACCAAUUCUGAUCACUGCAUAUUCAGAAGACCGCAGAGUUCCUUUAUCUGGGGUCAUGAAAUAUGUGGAAAGACUUAAGAAGGCCAUCCAAAUGUGUACCACUGGGGUUGAUGUUAAAGCACGUGUCCCAGCUGUCAUUCUGGACAUGCAGCCAGGAGGUGAUCACUUUGGCCCUGAGGAUUUUCAUCUGUCGUUGAAUGAGAGUGCCCAACAGUUAGCCUUCCUUUACACAGAACUAGGACUAGAUCACCCAAAAACUCAACGGAGACAAAGGAAAGCUCAAAAACCUAACUAGCAAGUCCCAUAAACCCUGGAACAUUUGUUUGUGUAUGUGACUGAAAGAAAGAAAAAACAGAAAAAAAAGUUUUUUUUGUUUUUUUUUUUAAUAAAUCAAACUAUUUUUGUUAAA